CGCCUCCGGCGCAUCAUCAUUGCCUCCGUCAACUUCAUCAACAGCGACUCAGAAUGAACCAUCAAGCACUUCUGAAAGUGAAUUGAAUUCAUUAACUUCAGUGUCUACAAGCCAAUCGCCUGCGACCGAUUUCUUCUCUGACUACCGUCAUUCAAGAAUGUCGGGUUCAUUUUCAUUCAAUAGUACUACCGUCGCCAUUCAAAGGUGCCUCUACAACAUCUUCUUACCAAAGGCAACGGAGUUUGUAGUUAUUCUCAAUUCCAGCCGUUACGACCCAGGACUAGUCCAGGUCAAGAUAUAUAAAGGUUAUGAUUAUAGCCAAAGAAGUACUGUGUAUAUUAGUAGCGCUCAUCAAAAUCCACCCUAUUAUCUUCGGGUCGACUAUUUCAGUGUCUGGAUAGAGGUUCAAACAUUGGUCGAAAACUCAACUAUGGAUAUUGAUUACAUCGCAGAAUGUACAGAAAAUAGUCCCGAUAUUUUAGAUGACUGUCUAUUUCCACUUGGAAUGGAAGCAACAUGGAUCGCAGAUGAUCAGAUCACAGCUACUAGCUCAAUUGACAAGAACCAUGCAGCUCAUCAGGCUAGAUUAUAUGGAUCAUCCUCAUGGAGACCAGAUCUAUCUGACACAGAUCCUUUCAUUGAGAUCACAUUACAAGAGGAUUAUGUAAUAACAGGUCUGAUUGUACAAGGUGGAGGUGGUGAUGAUCGAUACUGGGUGAAAGAAUUCUCUCUGGAGUACGGAGUGCAAGGGCAAUUCGUUUAUCUUCUUAAUCCACACAAACCAAAUGACAACGGAACGAAUAUUGCCAUUUUCGAAGGUAAUUCUGAGUACUAUUGUGUCAAGUACAUUCCGCUUCCACCUGGGCUUAUUACUGACCGUCUUCGUCUAAGACCUAUCCAAGAAAGACCAAUUGCUCUCAGGAUGGAGCUGCUUGGCUGUCUACCAAAAGUAUGUAAUACUUCUGACACAGGCUACGAAGCGAGUCCCAUUUUCCUUACCCAUCCACUGCAGCAAGGUGAUAUAUCAUUUGAUGAUAAUGGAACUUCACAAUAUUGGUCGACUUACUAUUCAGAGCCAAGAACUGUAACUAGAAUUGUCUCGAGAAAGUGCUUGGGAAUAGAUGGCCUUCUUAAAUUUGAUCUGAGGUGGAGUAAUAGUACAGGAACUAACUCAAGUUCCUUCUUCGUUCGUAGUAAGCUCCGUUUAGUGUAUUACGGUACUCCUUGGGCUCAGAUUGAAUUGUACCCACCGAUUGACAAUGUACAUCAACUUCGCAUAUAUCCGACUAAGUGGACCGGAAAUGAACCUUGUUUACAGCUGAAGGUCUUUGCAUGUCCUACCGAUGACGAGUGCACACGUAGACUUGGAAUGGAAAUCUUCGAUAUACCUAAUCAGAACAUACAAUGUAGCCAAUGUGACGAAGAUUCUCUGACAAUGGCUCGUCUCAAUGCAUUUGGAGAAAAUCUGGAAAUUGGUGUCCUCUUUCCACCAAACUUCGGAGGUACUUCUGUUGAUUCCUGGCUACAAGUUCGUUUUCCACAUCGAGUACUUCUAUCAGGGAUAAUACUUCAAUCAGGAUCACCAGGAUAUCCCUUUGAUAAAGACUUUGACCCAGACAAAUAUACAUAUCACGUGACAAUGUCAUAUCAACCAAUCACAGCCGCUAAUGACACAGAUUUCGUGAUAGCAGAGUUCCUGGACUUUAAUAACAGACCCUUUGCUCAAAAUGCAUUCACAUUCGGAGGGGAAUACUUGACUACCGCAGUUCGACUCAAACCAGUAAUGGAUACUUAUCGAAGGACAGCACGUUUCGCUGUGGAGUUUCUCGGAUGUCCUACUGAUGCAAGAUGCAGAAACAAAGACUCUUAUUUCGAUGGAGCAUGCUAUAAUUUUGUGUAUUCGCAUGGUACAUAUAACAGAGAAUUGUGCAGCUAUGUAAGUCCAGAUCGUGGUAGCCAUCUUGCCUACAUAAAAUCGCAAACUAAACAAAGGUUUGUGCAAGAACUAGCAGCUAGUUCUAUUCCACUCAAUGCACUAGUCCGGAUGGGAUUGGAAUUCAUCAACUCUGCAAUCCGAUGGCUUGAUGGAAGUGAGAUCAUCUUCGAAGAAUUUUCUGAAGUUUUGUCAGCGGAAGAUAACUUUACGGCACUAUGUGGUUUUAUGGACCCGAUCAAAUGUUACCAAUGGCGAAUGAUGAACUGUUCAUUACAUCAACCUCAUUAUCAUAUCUGUGAAGCAGAUUUUAAUGAAUGCUUGGAUCUGAGUAGCAAUAAUUGCUCCAACAUUUGUGUCAACAUGGAGUCUGAUUUCUACUGCAAGUGUCCACAUGGUCUGAGAAUGAUUGCAAAUUCACAAUGCGAGGAUGUUUGUGAAGUAAUAGACUCCACGUCACAUGACGAUGGUCCACCUUCAACGUGUAUCUUCAAAGGACAUGCAACCUGGGAGGUAGCAUACAGAGAAUGUACACGAGGACACCUCGGUAGAUUCGCUACACAAGAGGAGCUUUUUACAUACUCAUACUUGCUGGACAGUGAAUCAUGGUGGACAAUCGAUCUGAAUACCAAACAAAAGUGCAGAUCAUUUAACGUAUUAUCACGUGAAAUAGCUGAUGAGGAUUGUAGAAAUGUCGAAUUGGAUUUCUUAUGCCUAACAGAAUACCAGUAUAUCCAGAUUGAAGAUGCAGACUUCACUUCAUUAAAUACUAACUUCACCGCAUCGCUCGGGUACCUAGGCUUCUCUGCUCACUCAAAUAAUUAUGACCAAACAUUUUAUGUCCAAGUUGAUGACUCAUUGAGCUUAAGAUUGACGUUCUGGUUCGUGUCUCUUCGAGAGAAUCAGGAUGGUAAUGGUGAUUGCUUGGACUAUGUCUCGGUAGAAGAUCUUGUAGUCAUAAAUACGGAACGUCGUAGGAUUUGUGGAAGUUAUAAGGAUAUUACCUUCUUCAUGAACCAUCAUAUUAGGAUGACGUUCUUUGCUCAGUCAAUAUUCUCUUUGAUACAGUUCUCGAUGACAUAUGAAGCUAUAGAUUGUGAAGCGAGUCAGAUCACCUGUGAAAGUGGAUGUGGAACAACUGAUUUGAUUUUCGACGGGACCUAUCUCCAGACUGACCCGUUUCCAUCAUCAUUCAUACCAUUCAGUUCUUGUGAAGCCAAUGUUACCGUACCAGAUCCAUUCUUCAUUCUUAUAACCAUCGACACAUAUGGGUUUCGCGAAGGUUCUGAUGGGUUAUGCCAGGAUAGAGUCAUAUUGACUUCACCGGAGAUUACUCUUACUUUCUCGUGUGAUGAUUCCCAAGUUCCUGGUCUCAUCAUUACAAAUUCAUCUACAAUGACCGUUGCCAUAGAAACGGGGAGAGAAUCAUUGUCAACUGGACUUCAGGCACGUGUAAAUUCCUCAGAUAUUGCAGGUUGCGCAGUUGGGACGGAUCUUGGAAGCCAGGAUCACCUAUGUAGCUUCUCUCCCGGCAUUAUUGCCAGCAGACUCUUCCCAAAAUACGUGGAGGGAGUGUAUUCUGAGUCGUGGUUUCUUCAAGCUCCUUCAAAUGCAUUCAUUGAAAUUGUCUUCGAUGACCUGAGUCUCUCUGACGGAGAGGAUUGUAGCUUCUCUCAUAUCGAGGUCACUGACCACACGAGUGUGCCUCAUAAGACGAUUGUGUCGUUCUGCAGCGGUGACGACGGAGUUCAUGAUGGCAUGGAAGUGGCAGUUGAUGUUGAUACGGUGUUGAUUGAGUUGAUGGUGAACAAUCACUAUGACAACGCGAGGUUUCGUGCUCAUUAUCGCUUCGUGAAUAUAGAAGAAGAUGAAGAAAACUGGGAAUCUCCUGAUACUGCUACAGAGGAUACCACAUGUCCAGAGGGCUGGGUACUGUACAGCGGACACUGCUACCAUUUUGCUCAGGUUAAUGGAACAUGGACAGAUGCGGAAGAAUAUUGCACUCACCAACCGAACGAAUUGUCCGGCUCACACAUGGUUAGCAUCAUGGAUUCGAAAGAGGCCAAGUUCAUUCACGGGCAGCUGAUCUUACGUUGGUCAGAGUUUGGACAAAGCAUAUACAUAGGUCUUGGUAAUCGUGAUUCUGCUAGUAUGUUUCGUUGGACCGAUGGUUCCCCCAUGACUUACACUGACUGGUUUAUACCCAGAAGUUAUGAAGCAGACAGGGAGCAAAAACAGCCUGAUGGAGGUUCAAUAGAGAAGUGUGCCAUCAUAAUUCUAAGUAGAGUUCGAUUCAGCGGCCUUUGGCACGAUGUUCCGUGUGCGUCAGAAAGUGCUACUGCUGUCAUUUGUAAGAUGGAAGCGAUCACUGCAUUUACAAACAGAAAACGUCGUGAUACAUCUGAACAGUUGAUAUUAAGUGCUCCUGUAAUCAAGCCUAAUUGUUCUUACAAUACCUUUGAAUGUGGAUCUGGUGAAUGUGUUCAACAAGUCUUCCAGAAUGACGGUGAAGUACAUUGUCAUGAUAGAUCGGAUGAAGAUUCAUAUGUUGACCAUACUGAUGUGAAGUGCGAGGAAGACCAGUUCAAAUGCCUGAUUGGUGGACAGUGUAUUUCGAUAUCAUUUGUUUGUGAUCACAUAAGUGACUGCACCGAUGGCUCCGAUGAAUUUGCUUGUAUUUUUCCUAGCGAAUGCAGUGAUGACGAGUUCUUUUGUAGUGAUGUUAAAAUGUGUAUUGAUGCAAGUAAAAGAUGCAACCUGGUAAUAGACUGUCCUACUGAACAAGGAGGAGAUGAAUUUGAUUGUCAAGAUGAAUACUAUGAAGGUGGAAACGUACAGUGUUACAGUGGAACAUGGCUUCCGUCUAAUGCCGAAUGCGAUGGACUUGUGGAUUGCAUAGGAAAUGAGUUCGAAGAUGAAGAAGAAUGUGGUAACCUUCCCUGUAUCGAUGCAGCAGAAUUUCAGUGUUUGAGUGAAGUGUGUAUUGAUAUAUCACUCAAAUGUAUAUAUGAGUUAGAUCAGCUUGGAUAUGUGAAAGGAUGCCGGGAUGUAUCACAUCUCCGACGAAGUGUGUGUGCGGAAUUUGAUUGCCCGGCAUAUCACUAUAAAUGUCCAUCAUCGUACUGCAUUCCUCUGAGAUAUAGAUGUGAUUCUAUUAAUCAUUGUCCUUAUGGAGAAGAUGAAGACGGAUGUACAAACUCGAAUGUUGAAUACCUUAAUCCGUGUCCAACUCGCUCUUACAAGUGCCAUGGUGAAAAUAAAUGUAUCUCGCCAUAUGAGGUGUGUGAUGGUAUUAAACAAUGUUCUCGUGGAGAUGAUGAACUAUUUUGUGAUGUUGUAUGCCCCAGUGAGUGCACUUGUACUGGUCUUACCAUGCGAUGCAACUUUGUACUAACCGAUGGACCUGUCUCAUUCCCACAUGAUACCAGAAAAAUUGUCAUCGAUCUCAAUUAUGACGUCCAGUUGAAACUAGAGACGGAGACUAAUUCUCGUGUAUCAUCUCGAACUAGCAACCAAACUGGUGACAAUCAUGAUAGAACUGUAUCUUUCUGGCCUUCAGACUAUAUGAGCUUGGUAGAAUUAGAUAUAUCUGGCAUCGAUUUGAAGGAGAUACCAGAAACAGCUUUUCUGGAAACGAGAAAUUUACGAUAUCUGAACAUUUCUGGCAACACAGACCUGGCUGUUAGUGCAGCCGUACUAUCUAAUCUUACACGAUUACAUGUGCUAGAUAUUUUUGGAAUCAACAUCAAAUCAAGUGAUCCUGCCGUCUCAGAAGCAUUCAAGGCUCUUGUAAAUCUACAAAGAUUGAGAACGGACGAGUUUGGGUUUUGUUGCCUGGCUCCUGCUACACUAUGUGAAGGCUACACCAAUCAAUUUUCAUCAUGUGAUGAUCUUCUAAAAGAUGUAUCUCUACGUGCUUUUAUGUGGAUCCUUGGUCUCAGUGCUCUGCUUGGUAACGCCAUGGCUUUAGCCGCACGCUUUGCAAGAAGAAAACAAGCUGGUCAAAAUCAAAUCCAGGUGUUGUUUAUAACACAUCUUGCCCUGUCCGACCUACUGAUGGGUCUUUAUAUGAUCGUGAUUGCUGGCGCUGAUUCACAUUACCGAGGUAACUACGCGCUUCAUGCAGAAAUAUGGACAAGUAGCUUCAUGUGUAAAAUGGCGGGAUUUCUAUCUGUUCUAUCGAGUGAGGUAUCGGUACUUCUUGUCAUGCUCAUCAGUAUCGAUCGUUUUCUCUCUGUCGUGUUCCCGCUCAAAAACGAACUUCAUCUCACCCUACGAUCGGCUUACAUCAUGGUCAUCGCCUCCUGGACCUUCUCGCUGCUUCUUAGUUUAAUUCCAGCUCUCCCUGUAGAAUAUUUUGGAGAAUUCUAUGGCAAGUCGAGCGUUUGCCUGGCCCUUCCUCUAACCAGCGAUCGUCUGCCCGGAUGGGAAUACUCCAUUGUGGUCUUCAUCUGUACUAAUUUCAUCUGUUUCAUUCUGACAUUCCUCUGUUACUUUGUCAUCUAUAUCAGUGUAAGGAAGUCACACAUGAGGAUCAAAAGUUUAGGAGCUGCAAGCAACUCUAUGAUGAAAGAACAGAUCCAGAUGACAACAAAGAUGGCGCUAGUUGUUGGAACUGAUUUCGUGUGUUGGAUGCCUAUAAUCAUCAUGGGUAUUCUUGCUACUUCGAAUCUGGUUGAGAUUCCAGCUGAUAUCUAUGCUUGGACCGCUGUCUUUAUUCUUCCUCUCAACUCCGCACUCAACCCUUAUCUAUACACACUCUCAACUGUCCUCCAAAGGCGUCGCAAGGCCAGAGAAAAUACUGAUUCCAUGAGUCUUACACAGACCACGAAGUACAGUGUUGAGCAGACUCAAAGAGAGGAACGUUUAAUGGAAUACUGCAUCAUAUCACAUACUUCUCUCAAGCAACAUAGACGAAUGGAACCAAUAACUGAUUUCUUCACGAGGCGGGGAGGUUCUUUAAAUGAUAGAGAAGAACGAUUGGUAGUUCGAGACCUCCGUCGGGCUCUCUGUCAUCUCAGAACUUUGGGUGCUGAUGAAAAAGAAUUAAUCCCUGCUAACGUUGCAGUUGAAAGGGACCACAGUGGCAAUCUAACUCGAGCUUUCUUUGUGAUGACGAACCCUCUGGAUAUUAGCAGAUUCAUUGGACCUAGUAGUUCCAAUGAAAUACAAACCAAACUAAUCGCUUUAUUUGACCAGAUCCAGGAUCCACUAAUGACUCCUGUUAAGCAGUUCAUCAACACAACUAACGAAUCGUUUGAUUAUGACAAAUUGGAUGAAGCCUAACGGCAACCACAUGAGAAAUGGCAUCAUGAAUAGUUUGAUU